CAUUCUGACUUAUUAACACAGUUAUAGAGUUGUUUCCUCAUCCUAAACGUAUGAAAAGUGUCAAAAAAGUUGGGCACUUCGCCAGGGUUCGUACAAGUUUCGGAAAGUUUUUUUCGAUUAUGGGUCCAGCUGACGUUUCAGGGUUUUCUAUAUGUAUCACUUCUUUUUAUGGGCACUUCCCCCGGAAAACCCCGCCUACCCGUCAAUCAGCGGGAAACGCUAGAACUUACAAACAUCACAUCACGCGACAGCUUCUUUAAUUUCAAAACUCAACAAUGGCGCGAAUGAUGAAGUGCAUUUUUGGAUAUAAGGAGAAGUAAGGAAGCAUUAUGGAAACAAUGGAUAUAGUUUAUUAUCCGGGGUAGCAGCGGAGUUUUGCGUGUGUGUUUGAUGCACUGGAUUUCAUUGAAAAGUCCCAACCGGGUCAUGAGUUGCAUGCGGUUGUAAGACAUCUGUCUUAUGUUGGAAAUAGACGCGUGCAUAUUAUAUAAAUGACACAAACAUGUAGUGAAUCAUAAGUUAAACAGUGUUGUAUAGUGUUGCAUGACUCGUACUCGCUCCUCUCGCGGUAUAACUCCUCCUUCUUCAUUUUUUCGUACAUUAACGGAAAGAAUCCGUAAAGCUAAUCUUUCUUUUAUAAAUCUGAUUAAACUAAAGACUUUUUGGAGAUAUAAAGGAUGUCAUACUUCUCUAUAGGUACCCCAGAUUAACAUCAGAAAUGCAGAAACAGCGUGUGUUAUGUGAGCUUUAAAUAAGAUUAAAAAAUGUUAUAGCAGUUUAAAUUUAUUGUAAUAAAUACAAAUAAUGCAAUAUAGUAUUAUUUUAUACAUAAAAUGAUCAAAAAAGGCUUAAAAUUUAGUUUUGUAAUGGUUUGCUGUAAGGUUUGCUGCAUACUCUUGUCACAAAUUAAUAAAUUACAGUCACUGCAUUAUUAUUACUGCUAAAAGGUUUUGAAAUUUGAAAACGACAUUUCCAACAAUAUAUAGUUACUCGUGAUAGAUUAACAUUUACAUGAAAAAUACUGAAGUAAACUCGGGUGUCUCGCGCAAGACAGUGACAGUUAAAGGGACCAUAAGUGUCGAAAAAUUUCAACUUUUAAACAGAAUAAAUUCACCUGUCUUGUUCUGAAAUGCAUUGUCUGUAAUGUCCGAUAUGUAAAAUAGCAGACCACUAUUAAAAACACUUCACAUCCUCUCUGAAUUAUUGUGCACUGCAAUUUUCCCUGACUCCCCUCUUUCCCUCUCCCUCUCUCUCUCUCUCUCUCUCUUCACUUUAAGGUUGUGUUGACUGCUUUUGCUGUCUGUAUGUGUGCUGCAGGAGGAUCCUUGAGUACAGAAGAGUGAACAGACAGACAGCGUAAAGCAGACAGACUAACCCACCGAUUCAUCAUGCAGAGCUUCAGCUUCUUUCUAGUUGUGUUUUUACAGGUUUCUGCCCCCUUUGUCUCUUCUGCACCAACUCAGUGUCCGAGCCAGUGCCAUUGUCACGGGGACCUUCAGCAUGUUAUCUGUGACAACGUCGGUUUGAAGAAGAUCCCUCGUAUAUCCGAGGCCACCCAACUGCUCAACCUCCAACGUAACAACUUAGGAAAUCUUCCAACCGGGGGCUUUAGCGAGAUGAAGGGGCUCAUUUCUCUGCACCUGCAGCAGUGUCAGAUUCGGGAGAUCUCCAAACAGGCUUUCAAAGGGCUGAAUAAGCUUAUCUACCUCUACUUGUCUAACAAUGAGAUCAGCGCCAUUAAACCGGGAGCUUUUGAGGACCUUACUGAACUGACGUAUCUGCACUUGGAUGGUAACCAAAUCUCGAGCCUUUCAAAGGGCAUCUUCUCUCCCAUGAUCAACCUGUUUACCUUACAGCUUGACAACAACAAGCUCCAUGAACUGCAGCCAGGUACCUUCACGGGUGCUAAAGAUCUCAGAUGGCUACAUAUGAGUGGCAACGAGUUAAGUGUCCUGCAUCCGGGAUCUCUUGAUGAAGUGGAGAACCUGGCCAUUCUUACCCUGGACCGCAACAAGCUGUCCACCUACCCUAUUCAGGCUAUGAGCAAACUGCGUGUUAUCGAGGAACUCAAUCUGUCCAAAAAUCCUCUCAGCUUCAUACCCGACUACGCAUUUAGGAGUUUUGGACGCUAUAUGGAGAAGCUUUAUCUAAACGACAUGGGCCUGGAGAAGUUAUCCAAUGCUGCCUUUGAGGGAGUGACCGCUCUUAAAUCUCUGCAUCUUGAGAACAACAAGCUAAGGUCCCUGUCGAACAGCCUGGAGUUCACCACCCUCCAGAACAUCACUCUCUUUAACAACCCAUGGAGUUGCACCUGCCAGUUAGCCAACCUUAGAAAAUGGAUGGACACUAGUCGCCAACGUCCUGAUGCAGUCUGUGUUUCUCCUGGAAGCCAGAGAGGCAAGCAAAUAAGGGACAGCACUUCUUUCAACCGCUGCAAGGCAAAGACAAACAGAGCCAAGAAAGGAGCACGACCUUGAGAUGGUGAGGACGACAAGGAGUCGACUGUGUUCCCAGGACAUCAAGGAGAUGACUGUCCAGGUUUAGAAAAGGAAAUCAAUGCAACCGCUACAUUGAGACUGUCAAUUUCCUCUUUCGCACUUUUUGUGUGACGUAUAUAUGCGCUGACUCAAUUCAUACUAGAUAACAUGAAUAGCAUAAAUGUGUGUUUACGAACAAUGACAAGCGUCCAAAAGGAGCAAUUUUUUAAUUGAAAGAAUUUGUUCAUUUAACUUGUACACUUUGUUUUAUUGCUCUAUCCAUAUUACAUGAAUAUAGUGUCAAUAAUAAGUGUUAUCGUAAGUUUAUAUGACUUCUGAUAACCUGAUAAGAAGGUCCAAACAACAUCCGCAUUUAUUUUGGGGGAAAUCUGUAAUUCUGUGGAAUAGAUUUAAACAUGGUAAAAUGUGCUGGUAGUACUACACACUUAUUGGCAACUGUUAGUAUUAUCUAAACAAUAUCUCAAAUAUUUAAUAAAUAUAACACACAAGGUCGAUUAUGUGAUAAAAUUGUUAAACAGCCACAGACUAGAUGAAGUACACAGAUGAUCCCCUUUUUCACUUCUGCACAUUUUUGUGUACAGUUACAUAACUGUUAGAUACUUCCAAUAAACAGCAUGACAUGUUUACCCACAGA